AUGACCGGUGGCGCGACUCCCGCUACCGUCAGUGACGUAAAUCAAAGCGACAUGGCUGUCACCAAGAUCGCGAACACGCAAAAAGACACGGAAGCGGCGACUGCAACGGAUAACGUUCCGCCGCCAGUAUCGCACUCAAUCGACCCGAAUGCGCCUUCAUUGUUGAAUCUGCCCGGAGAAGUUCGCAACGCCAUCUACGAGGCACUCUUCAUUCACGAAUAUCCUAUUCAGAUCCAUGCGAAGAACAUCAAUCGACUCGGCUACCACUCCGGCUACCGCUCCGACAGUAUUAUCUCCGGAACUGCGCUCCUCCAGUCAUGUUGUCAAAUCCAGUAUGAGGCCACUGGUGUCUUGUACGCACGAAACGUGUUCCGUUUAAGGCUCCCCGAAGAUGCGGACGAGCGUAGUGGCAUUAUUUGGGCUAUGGGCUGGCUUCGCAUGAUCGGCAAACAGUCGUCUGCUCUUCGCGUCAUCCAGCUUGAUGUCAACAACUUGCUUGACGCCGACGAAACCUUAGAAGUCCUACCAAUACUGGAGUAUACCUGGAAGCUGGAACACAAAGAAAUGAACGUUCUAUUUGUGGCACCACACGAGGUGCACAGUAGUAUAUCAUACUUCCAAAGCAAUCGGGAAUGGUCCGCCAGCCACAUGGCUGAGAUCAACAAAAGCUUGAGUACGCUCACCGCUGAUCCCUCCAACCUUCUUAAGAAGUAUUGGAUUUCUAAAAUGCUGUUGAGGGUCGGACUCGAUACAGAUGAAUCGAAAGUAUACGUUUCAUACCGCCAUAAUGACUCUGGUGGUGGUAACUGGAUGACGAAAGGCCGCAUGUCAAUCAGCGAUGAAGGUAAGCUGCGUGUGAUCCCGCCGAACAGGAACACAGGGUUUUGCGACCUCAUGAGUAUAUACUCCGUUAGGAAGAGGCUUUUCGAUAUGUUCCAGCCCCCAGGAGUUGAACUGACCUUCGACUUGGCGCACCAGACUACGAACAGCAACCUUAGAAGCCUAGCUGGGCUGAAUCAUUGGUUACGUCACGAAGCCAUCUCAGAAAUUUGCGAUGUCAAUUCAACCUUCAACUCAGCAACUUCGACGCCGAAAUACAACUUUGCGACCGAGCUGGAGAGAUUCACAGCCGUCCGACUACGGGGUCGCCCGCGCUACUUUCAUCUGUAUUUCGACCUACCGAAGCACUCUACUCUUGGAGAUGUUCGGUUCGAUGCACUGCUACUUUUAUCUGCGAUGGAUUCGGUCAACCGCAAAGUCCAUCUAGAGAUCGAGGUACGCCAUCCGCUCGAUUCUGAGACACCAAACCACUGCUUCACGUUGUCCCUAGACCAACUAAGAGCUGGCGUUCUUCUCUUCAUAUACGAUUUUCUGAAGACCUAUCCCAACCGUGCCGAUCUUCCGUGCCCUACUAUCUGGACAAAUGGAUAUGGUCAAGCGAAAGAAGCGUCAUGGCAAAAUGAGCUCGGGUUGGACACUCUGGUUAAUUCAUACCUGGACAACAGUUAUAAGGUGACUGGGUGGGUUGAUUACAAACUCAUGAAUGACUGGAAUUGGCUGGUCAACAGUCAUCUCGGUCCUUGCGUUAAGGGCUCGUUGUUGGAGUUCCUUAGGAAGUCACAUAGGUGGGGAUAUAGGUAUGAUCUGACGAUAUUAUCGGGAUAA